AUGACCGCCGAGAGUGAGAGAGGGGCGGACAUGCUCAUGUCCCCUCCUUCAUCGAUCGACGCAACGGCGGUCGGGGCGGACGGAGCGAGAGGAGACGAGCUGGGGGCGCCUCGGGUCGAGCUCGCGUACGAACCGCGUUAUCAGAGGUUCAUCGUCAAGAAGAAGAGCUUCACCCAGCAGUUCAGCCACGUCUACAACAAGCGCCUGCUGGCGCUCAAGGGCGCCGUUCGCCAGGCGGCGGAGAAGCGGUGGGGAAAGGAGGGGGAGGGCGGGGGGGUGAAGUUCGUGGAUCGGCUGGUGAACAUGCGAGAAGGGGACGAGUGGGUGGUCAUCGGGACUACGUACAAGGCGAUGAAACUCAGGCCCAGCAUCCUCAACGAGUUCCGCGAGGAUAGGGGCAUCUCGAUGGCUGUAGUGGCGCCAGUGGGAAGCUUCACCAGCGAAGAUGACAGUCUCGUGCUGGAGGACGAGAGCGGACGGGUUUCCAUAUCGGGCCCGGGAAUCCAGUCCAGCUCCCUCGUUUCUGGCCUGGUGAUCGCCGUCAAGGGAACGGUCACGGCGUCCGGGGAAAUGUUGGUCGAUGACUGGUGCCCCGCCGGGAUUCCUCCGCCCGUCCCCCCCUCCCCUUCGAAGAAGGUCGGGGGAAGGCACGACCCACUGCUGGUGUCGCUGCUGGUGGACUUUGUCGCGGGGUACUUGGGGGGGGUGGAGGACCAAGAGGGAACCAGUGCAAGGAUUGGGCGGGUGAUCGUGUGCGGCGACAGCGUGGCGGCACCCUCGGCGGAGUUGCUUAGCGGAACCGGGCCGUCGAAACGUCUGAACGCGGAGCAGCAGCGGCUAGUGGCGUCGCCCAUGAAAGAGCUGGACACCAUCCUCGCCUUGCUCGCGGCGGCCGCUCCUGUUGACGUCAUGCCUGGUGAGAGCGAUCCCGCCAACUACACCCUGCCGCAGCAGCCUUUGCACCCGUGUCUGCUGAGGAACGCUAGCCGCUUCGGCGCACUGAAGAGAGUAACGAACCCCCACGAGGCCAAGAUCGGGGAGAGAGUAUUCCUGGGCAGCUCCGGCCAGCCGCUCCUCGACAUGGCGAGAUACACCACGCCAGAAGCUGAGGCCGACAAAGACGCGAAGCCCGCGUGCCUCCGACGUUUGGAGGAGAUGCUCAAGUGGAGGCACAUGGCGCCGACAGCGCCGGAGACGCUGGGCUGCUACCCGUUCGUAACGGAGGACCCCUUCGUCGUCGAGGAAUGCCCGGACAUUUUUUUCGCGGGAAACCAGCCGCAGUUUGCUACCAGCAUACUUGAGGGGGCCGAUGGACACAAGGGGAGGGUGGUCUGCGUACCAGCGUUCGCGGCGACGGGGCAGGCGGCGCUGUUGAAUCUCGAGUCGCUGGAGUGCACCCCGCUCAAUUUCUCCAGUACCGUGGGAGGAGGCGUGGAUGAUGCGGACGGCGGGGGCGUAAAGACCGCGGCCCCGGCAGACGACAACUCCUCUCCUGCCAUGGAAGUGGAGGCCGCCGCCGCUGACUAAAUAACCGUCCGUUUAGAGGGGGGAGUGUAGUGCUUCCGUUUUUUACGGAGCGUACCGUGUGCAGUGAAUAGCUUGCGGCGUCCCGACCUCGCAGAUUGUGGAAUUCGCGCCCUGCAGUAUGACACAACCGCCAACUCGGGCAUGUUCAUUCGCACGGUAUGCGAUGGGAGAGACGACAUGUAUGUGUUGCCAAAUCGGAGGCCACUGGGAGGUACCCAUGAUGGCUGGGUUGCAGUUGAUUUCCUGAAUACGUUGGCGUGGACGGUCGAAU